GGGGGAUGGAGAAGGCUCGGGGGUGUCUGAUGGCCCCCCAACACCCUUUAGUGGGGAGAUGGAGAAACCCCUGCAGCCUUGUCCCAACCCUUCUUCUGAUCCCUGUGUGUGCCAAAAACAUCUCCCUCACUGCCAGUGGGGAGAAGGUCAUACUCUGGACAGGGGAGGCUGACCGUGUCAUUCUAACCACCUGUCAGCAGCAAGGUGCCAAUCGGAGUACUUUCCAGGCAAUUUUCACCCAACUUGGCGAUUAAGACACUCAAUGAGGUGUCUCGGCGGUUUCGGGAUCUGUUCCGCACCGCUGCCUGCCAGGUCAACUUAGAGGAUGAAACUAUGACCACUAAACAGCAGACAGUCACAGACAAGGAGCAGGACAGAACCAACCCAAAAAGGACAGAACCAAGUUCAGACACUUCAAAGGAGAGGAGCAGAGAGGAUUAUUGUGACUGCAGUACAUUCAUACCACAUAUAAACUAUUCCAGAAACCAGUUCAAGGCUAGUGAAAUCUGGAGGCAACAUUGAGGGCAUAUGAACACUUAAUAAACUCAUAUCAGAUCACCUGAGCGGAAGCAACACCAGCAGCUCGAAAGAUGGCAGCUUUUCAAGUUUACCAUAACCAAUUUUAAACAGUGAGCACUGUGUACAUCACUAAUUUAUUGAAAUAAAUACACCCUUUGUCUUAUCACUCAAAUGCACUACUGAGGGACUAGGGAACACAGUCUCUUAGUGUGGCAAAAGUUAAGUUAGAGGUCGACGGAUUAAUCGGAAUGACCGAUUUAAUUAGGACCGAUUUCAAGUUUUCAUAACAAUUGGAAAUCAGUAUUUUUGGGAGAGGUUUUUCAUAUUUUUAUAUACCUUUAUUUAACUAGGCAAGUCGGUUAAGAACGCAUUCUUAUUUUCAAUGACGGCCUAGGAACGGUGGGUUAACUGCCUCGUUCAGGGGCAGAACGACAGAUUUUCACCUUGUCAGCUCGGGGGAUCCAAUCUCGAUGGUGGCUGUUGUCGUUGUGUUGCUGGUUCGAGCCCAGGGAGGAGCGAGGAGAGGGACGGAAGCUAUACUGUUACACUGGCAAUACUAAAGUGCCUAUAAGAACAUCCAAUAGUCAAAGGUUAAUGAAAUACAAAUGGUAUAGAGGGAAAUAGUCCUAUAAUAACUACUACCUAAAACUUCUUACCUGGGCAUAUUGAAGACUCAUGUUAAAAGGAACCACCAGCUUUCUCAUGUUCUGAGCAAGGAACUGAAACGUUAGCUUUCUUACAUAGCACAUAUUGCACUUUUACUUUCUUCUCCAACACUUUGUUUUUGCAUUAUUUAAACCAAAGUGAACAUGUUUCAUUAUUUGAGGCGAAAUUGAUUUUAUAGAUGUAUUAUAUUAAGUUAAAACAAGUGUUCAUUCAGUAUUGUUGCAAUUGUCAUUAUUACAAAUACAUUUUUAAAAAUUGGCCGAUUAAUCGGUAAUGGCUUUUUUGGUCCUCCAAUAAUCGGUAUCGGUAUCAGCAUUGAAAAAUUAGGUUUUAGUCCAGGAAUGUACAUAUUUUGUAUACUUUUUUUCCAGUUCCCUGAGUUGUGCAUGUAUGGCACAAUAUGGGAAAUAUGAACGGUAAUAAUACCUGUACAAAAGUUAUAUAUUUUAUACAAAAUAAACGUAAUUUAUCCGUUUGCCUUUUUGAUUAAUUCCCUUUCGUUUAUGAGAAAUAUAAGAGUGCAAUCUCCAAGGCGCACAUCGAGACGUCACCUAGACCUACACAGAUGUUCUUGAUCACGUCACAGCUCCACUACACUCACUCCCACCCGGCAGUGAACUUGAUUGAAUGCAGAGCAGUGAGAGGUAGUGAAAAGCAGAGGAUAUCAGCUACAGUAUAUCGCUAUUGGGAGCACUUAAUUCUGCUGCGAUGGGUACGUUGGGUCCAUUUCGCAUGUUCUUGCUUUUUGCGUUGGCUCAGCAGAACGUCUUUGUAGCCGCCAGCGACGUGCUCGAGCUCGGGGAUUCUGAUUUUGAUGACAUGAUAGCAGAGUACGAGACUGUGUUGGUGGAGUUCUUCGCGCCUUGGUGUGGUCACUGCCAGCAACUAGCCCCAGAAUAUGAAACUGCAGCAACAAAACUAAAAGGGACAGUGUCUUUAGCUAAAGUAGACUGCACAGUGAACUCUGAGACGUGUGGACGUUUUGGGGUCAAUGGGUACCCCACACUCAAAAUCUUCCGCAAUGGAGAGGACUUUGCUGCUUAUGAUGGACCCAGGAGUGCAGAUGGCAUUGUGAGCUUCAUGAAAAAACAGGCAGGUCCCAGUUCCGUUCCUCUGCACAAUGAGAGAGACCUAGAUGCAUUCGUCAACCAUUUUGAAGCCAGUGUGGUUGGUUUUUUCUCAAGUGCUGACAGCGCUCAGAUGGCUGAGUUUCUGAAGGCGUCUAGUGCCAUGAGAGACAGCCACCGCUUUGCCCACACUGCAGACCUGAGCCUGGGCCUCAAACACGGCGUGGAAUCAGACACGGUGGUGCUCUUUCGGCCCCCGCGACUCAACAGCAAGUUUGAGGACAGCUUGGUCAAGUCUGAUGAGGCUGUCUCGAUCGCCUCUCUCCGUCAAUUCAUCAGAGAUAAUGUGUUUGGGCUGUGCCCCCAUCUGACUGCUGAGAACAGAGAGAACAUGAGGGGACGGGACUUGCUGGUGGCCUACUACGACGUGGAUUACCUCCGCAACAUCAAGGGCACCAACUACUGGAGGAACAGGGUGAUGAAAGUGGCCACUCAGUUCCAGUCUCAGGGGCUGAGUUACGCUGUGGCCAACAGGGCUGAGUUCCAGGAAGAGCUGGAGGAGGAGUUUGGCCUGGGGCCGUCCGACGGGGGAGAGCUGCCUCUCAUCACCAUCAGGAACAAGGAGGGCCACAAGUACAGCAUGCAGGAGGAGUUCACACGGGAUGGGAAAUCCCUGGAGAGGUUCUUGGAGGACUACUUUGCUGGUAAACUGAAGAGGCAGGUCAAGUCAGAGGCUGCUCCCGAAAACAACGACGGCCCAGUCAAGGUGGUGGUGGCGGACAACUUUGAGGAGUUAGUGAACAACCCUUCCAAGGACGUGCUGCUGGAGUUUUAUGCACCCUGGUGUGGACACUGCAAAAGCCUGGAGCCCAAAUACACAGAGCUUGGGGAACAGUUGUCCGCCGACACCCACAUUGUUAUAGCAAAGAUGGAUGCCACUGCUAACGACGUUCCUACAACCUACGAUGUCCAGGGUUUCCCCACUAUUUUCUUCGUCCCAGCAGGACAGAAGGACCAGCCUCGGAAAUACGAGGGUGGCCGUGAGGUGAAUGAUUUCCUCAACUAUCUGAAGGAGGUGGCCACACAUCCCCUUAUCCUGGGCAAUGCCAGAGAAGACUUGUGAGAGCGCAAUGAAGAGAGAGAAGAAAAAGCAAGGGAUGAGUGGACUGGCAAAGAAGCAGAAGACAUGAACUAUGAGGAGAAAAAAAGGAGCCACCCAUUGCAACACAGUUUCAGACCAGAAGAUCUCCUUUGGUUGUCUGUGCCUUACCAGCAACACUGAGUGCUCAUAACAUAGAGGACUUCUAAAUUAAACAAUCAGCAGUUUUUUUCUUGGAACUUCAAAAGAGUAAUGUUCUCAAUGUGAGAGGAUGGAGCAUCUGCAAGCACAGUAAUAGGUAGCACACGUGCAGAUUGGCUUUGCCAUUAAACUGAUGACCUGAUGGUUGCAAUUAAUAUUCCCAAGAAAGGCAUACUAGUGUAGCGUCCUUGACUCUGAGUCAGGUACCGCAGACUAUAGAUAAAUGUAGAAAAUGAAAAAUUAUGUGCAACAGUUUUUGCGAAGUUGCUUACAGGUACAACGAAAAAAGUGUCUGCUAAGCAAAUAGAUAAAAAUUGAAUAAAAUACCUGAUACAGGGGACUCCUGAGUGGCGCAGCGGUCUAGGGCACUGAGGUGUCACUACAGACCCGGGUUUGAUCCCGGGCUGUAUCACAACCGGCCGUUAUCGGGAGUCCCAUAGGGCGGCGCACAAUUGUCCCAGCGUCGUCCAAGUUAUGGGAGGGUUUGACCCGGGGGGGCUUUACUUGGCUCAUCGUGCUCUAGCGACUCCUUGUGGCUGGUCGGGUGUCUGCAGGCUGAUUGCAGUUGUCAGUUGAACGGUGUUUCCUCCGACACAUUGGUGUGGCUGGCUUCCGGGUUAAGCGGGCGGGUGUUACGAAGUGUGUUUUGGUGGGUCAUCUUUCGGAGGAUGCAUGAUUCGACCUUCACCUCCCAAGCCCGUUGGGGAGUUGCAGCGAUGAGGGAGAAAAGGGGGGUAAAAGGGACAGAGUUUGGGAAACUGAUUUAGCAGACACAUCCAUUUUUGUGUGAAAAUAGGGUGAAGACUACUGAAGCACUAUGGACAGGCUUAGAUUUCAGUUGGACUUUUAUGCCAAGCAUCUCACCUGCUCUUCUUGAGGAGAGGCAACCUUAAAGUUUGAAAUGUCCCCUCAUUGUACUGAAUUUAUCAUAUUGAACUCCAUUUGAUAUUUACUUACUAUAAUAAACUCCAUCACUCUA